AUGCCCACCGAGAAGCUGUUUCAAAGAAAUUGGAAAAGAGGAGUCGUUUAUUUGUUUCAAUUACCUCGUGCCGGCAUAAUCCCAUCGGUGUCUCCAUUUUCGUUAAAAUUGGAGACAUGGUUGAGGAUCGUCGAUAUACCGUAUGAGAAUAUCUCCACAGAAUUUAAAAAAACCUCAUCGAAAGGCCAAGUGCCAUUCAUCGAAUACAAUGGACAUCAAUACGCGGACACGUCAAAUAUUAUUGAAUUUCUUAUCAAAGAGUUUCAUAAGGAGAAUUUCGACUCGUUUUUGUCUCCACUCGACAUCGCUAAUCGCCAAGCUUUCCAUCAUUUAAUAGAACAAUCGAUUGUUUGGGCAACUCUAGCUAAUCGCUCUCAGCCGGAGUGCGGUUGGAUGUUCACCGAGAAAGGACUUCUCUCGCAUUUUACCGGCGUCAAAAAGUUCGUCGCUGAGAAAGUGAUCGGGCCGAGAUUUCAGAAAAAUCUAAAAUCCUCGACUCACACACAAGGCUAUGGGCGUUAUUCCAUCGAAGAACUCGAGCUCAUUAUCAAGAACGAUCUCACCGCUUUGGACACUUUUCUCGGCGAGAAGCUGUUUUUUUUCGGCGACCAACCGAGCACGUUCGACGCGACCGCUUUCGGGCCGUUAGCUCAAGUGUUUUUCACUCCGUUGGCUUGUCGCGGAGUACAGCGAUUCGCUGAGACUAAUUGCAAGCAUCUAAUCUCUUGGGCUGACCGAAUGAAGAGCCGCUUUUGGCCUGAUUGGAACGAGUGCACAAAGAGUCUCAGCCUUGAUACAACUCUUUGGAAAGAGUCGACAAGAGUU